AUGAAAUCGAAGUAUGUACAAGAAACAAUGAAAGCAGCGGAACGCGACGGAGAGAUAGUACCUUCAGAUGAAGUAAAAGCCUUUCAGUUAAAACAGAGUUGCCUCUGCGGAAGCGAAAAUAUUAGUACAACACCUCUCGAUACACUACCUAACGAUAUUUUCGACAAAAUGUAUAAAGAAUAUGAAGUAUAUUUGGCUAAUGAAAUACAAACAUGUAAAGAUCAACUGUAUCAGUUUGCCACCAUGAAAGGUCGAUGGUGGCCUACCGUUGAUAAGAUAUAUAUUUAUGGUCCAUUCAAGAACAUAAAUAGUGAUACGACUCUAUUUAAUAUACCUGGUUAUGGUGAUGGUUUUGAAGCGAUGACAAUUCGAGCAAAUGAAGCUGCUGUAAUUUGUGACCAAUUGGUCCGAAUUAUUCGAGGCGAUGGCCGUGAUCCUCUUACGUCUAGUUUUCUCAAAGGUUUACUUCAAUCAUCGACCUCAAGAAAACAUUUAUGCUUAGUCGUAACAUAUUACAAUCUUGUUGUAGAAGAAAACAAAAACGCAAAGGGUAAUGAUGAAGAAAUGAAAAAGAAAUAUAGAGUAGAACUUAAAGAGGUAGCUAAUAAAACUUUGUAA